GGCGGCACGGAGCCGACACGGCGGCCCCCGGGGCGCGGAGAACGGCGUCGGUGCCCGGCUCGGUGCCGGCGCCCGGGCCGAGCUCCGGGCUGACCGACAGCAGCUCGGAGGUGUCGGACUGCAGCGCCUCGGAGGAGGCGAAGCUGCUCUCGCUGGAGCUGGGGCUGAGCGGCAGCGAUGGCGAGUCCCCCGGCAGCGCCCCGCCGCCGCCGCCCUCGGCCGGGGAGGCGUCGCCGCUGCCCGAGGAGCCCUCGGUCGCCUCCGUGGCCAGCAGCCGCCUGCACCUCAGCACCUCGCUCGCUUUCUCCGACCUCACCGAGGAGCUGCUGGACGCCGGCACCGACGGGCUGCUCCGCGAGCUGGAGGACCUGCGCUCCGAGAACGACUAUCUCAAGGACGAGAUCGAGGAGCUGCGCGCCGAGAUGCUGGAGAUGAGGGAUGUCUACAUGGAGGAGGACGUGUACCAGCUGCAGGAGCUCCGGCAGCAGCUGGACCAGGCCAGCAAGACGUGCCGCAUCCUGCAGUACCGGCUGCGCAAGGCCGAGCGCCGCAGCCUGCGCGUGGCACAGACCGGCCAGGUGGACGGAGAGCUCAUCCACAGCCUCGAGCAGGACGUCAAGGUGGCCAAGGACGUCUCUGUGCGGCUCCACAAUGAGCUGGAGAUGGUGGAGAAGAAGAGGAUCAGGCUGGAGGAGGAGAACGAGGACCUGCGCCAGCGGCUCAUCGAGACCGAGCUGGCCAAGCAGGUGGUGCAGAACGAGAUGGACAAGCUCCGAGAGAAUUCCCUCAAGAAACGGGGGUCUCGUUCCCUUGGGAAGACAGAGAAGAAGCCAUCAGUGCAGGAGGACAGCGCAGACCUGAAGUGCCAGCUGCAUUUUGCCAAGGAGGAGUCGGCCCUGAUGUGCAAGAAGCUGACCAAGCUGGCCAAGGAGAAUGACGGGAUGAAGGAGGAGCUGCUGAAGUACCGUUCCCUGUACGGGGACCUCGACAGCUCUCUCUCCGUGGAGGAGCUGGCUGACUCUCCCCAUUCCCGCGAGGCCGAGCUGAAGGUGCACCUCAAGCUGGUGGAGGAGGAAGCCAACAUCCUCAGCCGGAGGAUAGUGGAGCUGGAGGUGGAGAACCGCGGGCUGCGGGCGGAGAUGGACGACAUGAAGGGCCAGGGGGACAGGGAGCUGCCGGGGCAGGACACGCGGUUCCUGGUGGGCAUCUCGAGCUGCGGGGACGGAGGGGACACGGUGGCGGAGCUGCGCCGGCACCUGCAGUUUGUGGAGGAGGAGGCCGAGCUGCUGAGGCGCUCGCUGCUGGAGCUGGAGGACCAGAACAAGCUCCUGCUGAACGAGCUGAGCAAGUACAAGUCGGACCACGAGCUGGACGUGACGCUGUCGGAGGACAGCUGCUCGGUGGUCAGCGAGCCCUCGCAGGAGGAGCUGGCCACGGCCAAGGUGCAGAUCAGCGAGCUGAGCGGGAAGGUGAAGAAGCUGCAGUACGAGAACCGCGUGCUGCUCUCCAACCUGCAGCGCUGCGACCUGGCCUCCUGCCAGACCACCCGGCCCAUGCUGGAGACCGACGCCGAGGCCGGAGACUCGGCACAGUGCGUCCCCACCGUCGGCUGGAGGGACGGCACGGGCGGCGACGAGGCCGACGGGCAGGACAGGGUGCCUGGCAACGGGAAGGUGCUCGAUGGCCCCGCCAAGGUGCUCAAGCCCAAAGACCUGGAGACCUUGCUGGGCAUCAGGGACCAGGCGACGCUCGUCAGCAAAGCGAUCGACGUCUUAAUUUCGGAUGCCAACGGCUUCACCUCCGGGCUGAAGGCUUGCUUGGACAACGAGUGCGCGGGGGUGCUGCUGGGCGAGGCGGUGGGCAGUGGUGGUGAGAGCCCCAGCGACGCCAAGCUGAUGAACGUGCUCCUCAUGCGGCUGGGAGUGCUCCAGCAGGACCUGGGCUGCCUCGUGAGGAAGGUGGACCACCUCACCGGCGGCAUCAAGGAGCACACGGACUCUUUCCCCUUCUCCAGCCCCAGCAGCCACGACGUCACCAAAGAGGGGUUGCAGAAGGACCAUUCCUCCGACUUCCAGCAGCCUGAUUUUAGGGACGCCGACCCUUUCCGCAUCCCCCACGCCAAGGACACGGACCCCACACAUCCCCGGAGCUACAAAACCUGCCGGCCUGAGGAGAACGACUCCUACGCCACCGAGAUGAAGGAGCUGCAGCUGGUGCUGUCAGAGGCCAACGAGAGCCUGCGGGGGCUGCAGGAGCAGCUCUCGCAGGAGAGGCAGCUGAGGAAGGACGAGGUGGACAACUUCUCACAGAAGAUCUGCCAGCUGAAGGAGGACCACCAGAAAGCGCUGCUGCGGCGGGAGUUUGAGCUGCAGAGCCUGAACCUGCAGAGGCGGCUGGAGCAGAAGUUCUGGAGCCAGGAGAAGAAUCUGCUGGUGCAGGAGUCACAGCAGUUCAGGCAGAGCUUCCUUCUGCUCUUCAUGAAGCUCAAGUGGUUCCUCAAGCGCUGGCGCCAGGGCAAGAUGGUGCACAGUGAGGGCGAGGACUUUUUGGAGGUGAACAGCAUGAAGGAGCUGUACCUGCUGCUGGAGGAGGAGGAGCUCGCCCCACAGCAACAGGCAGACAACAAGAUGUGUGGUGGGGACACCUGGACCCCCAACACACCCAACGAGUGCAUCAAGACUCUGGCCGACAUGAAGGUGACCCUGAAGGAGCUGUGCACGGAGCUGCGGGAGGAGCGGCGCGGGGCCAGCGAGCUGCAGCAGCAGUUCACCAAGGCCAAGGCUGCCUGGGAGAUGGAGCGCGCCGAGCUCAAGUGCCACAUUGCCCAGCUGGAGUCAAAGGCAGGCAAAGGGAUCGCAGAGCGAGCGCUGCCGGACUGGAAGGUGGCACUGAAGAGGGAGCGUGAGGAGCACCAGCAUCUCUUGGCAGAGUCCUACAGCGCCGUCAUGGACCUCACCAAGCAGCUGCAGAUCAGUGAGAAGAACUGGAACCAGGAGAAGGUGGAGCUGCUGGCUCGCUUCAAGGAGGAGCAGCAGCAGGCAGAGCAGCAAGCAAAGGACCUGCAGAACAAACUCAACCAGUUGCAGAAAGGAUCCAACCCGUGGGCAUUGAAGCACUCGGAAAUGGAGAAGCACGGCAGCAAUUGGAAAGAGGCUCUCAAUGAGAAAAUCACAGACAAGGAGACAAUCUCUGAAACAGAAGCCAAGGGAACCAACCUCAAAAGGACCAAGUCGGUUUCCUCCAUGUCAGAGUUCGAAAGCUUGCUCGACUGUUCUCCCUACCUCCCUGGAAAGACCGUGCCAGGGCUGGGUGACCAUGCCCGGGGCAAAAAAGCAUCCUCAGCCACCCAGCUGCUGCCCAAUGGGAUCCGGGACAGUGCCAGUGUUCCUCCCUCCAACUGUACAUAUGUGAAUAUUGAACAACCCGCCCCCGACAGCCUGGCCAAGGAGAAGCUGGGCGUGUCCUCCUGGGACUACUCUCGGGCAAGCAGCCUCUCCGGGCACGACCCAGCCCACAAACAAAUACAGAGGAGCUACACGGCGCCCGACAAGACCGGGAUCCGCAUCUACUACAGCCCGCCGGUGGUGCGGCGGCUGGAGGCGCCUCUGGUGCACAACAAGGAGGGCAAGAUCAUGAUCGAACCCGGGUUCUUGUUCACCAUGGCCAAGCCAAAGGAGCCGGAGGAGUCGGCCAGCACCGAGGGCACCUACAGCCAGUGGCUGUGCAACUUCUCCAAGCAGCAGCGGGAGCUGCUGGACGGCGGCGCGGUGGAGGGCGCGGUGCCGCCGGUGCCGCGCUUCCCGCCGGCGCUGCACGACCUGGAGAUCUCGGGCAACAUGAGCGACGACAUGAAGGAGAUCACCAACUGCGUGCGGCAGGCCAUCCGCUCCAGCUCCCUCGAGAGGAAGGUGAAAAGCACCUCCAGCCAGACGGUGGGGCUGGCCCACGUGGGGACACAGACCAUCCAGACGGUGAGCGUCGGCCUCCAGACCGACCUCCCGCGCGGCGCCGGCGUGCACGGCAAGAGCUGGUCCCCGCGCAGCUCCUCCCUCGUGUCCGUGCGCAGCAAGCAGAUCUCCUCCUCCCUGGAUAAGGUCCACUCCAGGAUCGAGCGGCCGUGCUGCUCCCCAAAAUACGGCUCUCCGAAGCUCCAGAGGAGGUCUUCCUCCAAGCUGGACGCCUCCAAGGACAGGAGCCUGUGGAACUUGCACCAGGGCAAGCAGAACGGCUCCGCCUGGGCCCGCUCCACCACCACCCGCGACAGCCCCGUCCUCAGCAACAUCAACGACGGCUUGUCCAGCUUGUUCAGCGUGGUGGAGCACGCGGGCAGCACCGAGUCCAUCUGGAAGCCGGGCUGUCCUGAGAGCAGCCGGGCCAAGCCUGAAGCACCCAAGUAUGGCCUCGUGCAGGAGUUCUUCAGGAAUGUCUGCGGGCGGGCACAGAGCCCCACCACCCCCCAGGAGAAGAAGGAGGUCGCUGGGGAGGAGGGCAGCAAGAGAGCCGAGCACCCCAGCGCCGUCACCCACCACCCAGCUGAAAACAUCUCCCGCGUCCUGAACAAGAAGGUCCUCAAGCAGAGCAGCUGCGAGGACCCCAAGCCCUCGUCCCCCGGGCAGGGCAGUAAGGACACAGCCCUGCGGGACCCCGACCUCAUCUCGGCCUUAGCCAGCGAGGACACGGCGUGUGACUGCAGCUCCCAGUCCCUCACCUCCUGCUUCGCCCGGCCGUCCCGCUCCGCCGUCCGCCACUCCCCCUCCAAGUGCAAACUGCACCCCGCGGACCCCCCCAGGGCGGAGGAGAAGCCGGGGGCCUCGACCUGCAAUGUAAAACCAAGUGCAUUUUAAAAAUACCGAAAUGAGCUACAUUGGAGAGGUACCAAUUGGAUUAAGAGAUUGUGGGUUGGGAGGCUGCAGCGUGGCCCGUGGUCUGCGCUGCACAUCCUUCUGUCACCACCAGAAAAAGCCUUACCCGAGGAGGGAGGGGGCAGCAGCCACAGCCCCCACGGCAGUGCAGAGCUCCUGGGGCUGGGGGGCUGUGACCCAGCCCCACACAGAGCAGCGUUGGUGCUUCUGUGCAGCUCCAGGAGAGAGCAGAGAUUUCUGAGGCAGCUGCCUGACCUAUUUUCAAGCUGCCUGCCAGGGGCCAGGCAGGGAUUCACCCAGAUGGAGCUGCCUGCAGGUGCCUGUGGAUCCUGGGGCUCUGUGCAUUUCUCUAGGGCUGUGUACACUGCUCCAAGGGCUCCAUGCACUGUUCCAAGGGGCUGUGUACCCUGCUCCAGGGGCUCUGUGUGCUGCUUCAAGGGCUCUACAUUGCUCUGGAGCUCUGUACACUGCUUGUGGGGCUCCAUACACUGCUCCAAGGGCUCUGUGUGUUACUCUGGGGCCGUGUACGCUGGUCCAAGGGCUUUGUAGACUGCCCCAGGACCUCUGUACGCUGCUCCAAGGGCUCUGUGCAUUGCUCUGGGGGUGUUUACACUGCUCCCAGGGCCUCUGCACAUUGUCAUCCUGCAGUUCCACUUACAAACUGCUCGUGCUGCCGAGGCUGCUGCCCUCUCCCGUCCAGCCCAGCCGCUCUCUGCCCGCAGCAGCAGCAGGGCUGCAUCACUGCCACGUCGCAGCCUCCGUCAGCACCUCCGCGACGGCCACUCACUGCCUGUGUCUCCAGACACAAACCAGCAUCAGCCAGGGCUCCUCAGGCCCAGCACCGAUGGCCUUUUGCUCCUGGCCCCACAGGGACCCUCGUCACGCGGGUGGGGGACGCACAGGGCAGGUGCCACCCACCCUCACCAGCAGCCGGGGCCGGGCGCUGUCCCUGCCUUGCCAGGGAGCAGUCGGGUCUCUGUCCCACAGCACUGCCACGGGCAAUCUCCUGCUGUACAUAGAUCCUUUCGGGGUGGUUUUUAGCAUUUUCAUUGAUAAAUCGGGGGUUUGGUUUUGUUUGGUUUUGGUUUUGGUUUUUUGUUUUUUUUUUUUUUUUUAAAGACUCCUCUACUUUUGGAAUGUGGUUUCUCAUUUUUACAACUGCCUUUUAAUUAUUUGUAAUAUUGGUCAGUUCUGUCUUACUCUGUAAAUAGCAGUGCUGGGCAUUUCCCAGGGAGGCUGAGCCGAGGCUGGCAAGGGAUUUGUCGGGAAAAUUUGAGGUGUGGAGGUGGCUGAUUCUACCCCAGCCCCUGCAUGGACUCUGCCCUGUCCUCCCCAUAUGCCAGUGCCCAACCUGGGGUGAAGCCCAAGGUGUUUUGGGCAAAGCCACGCUUGCCCCUGCCCUGUCCUCCUGCCUCCUCUCACCAGCCCAUGCCAAGGUCGCAUGAAGGGCACCUUGUGCUCCGAUGACAGGCUCCCUGCCCACCCUGUCCUGCACCCCUGUAUCAUGCCUGCUUGUUGUGUGAUGAAUAAAGGUCCUGCAACCCCUCACCCACACCCUUGGUGCUGCCUUCCCGUGCUGGGGUGGGGGGGAACCAUGCUGCAGAGGGAGAUGUGGGGUGAUGCAUCCUGUCCCUCUGUCCCCACCAUCCUGCCUGAUGCCCAGCCCACACACGGUGUCUCAGCCUCUCCUCACCCACCCCUCUCUCCCUGACACCGUCCCCAUGUGCUGACCCCACCUGUGCCACAGCACCAGGGCUUCUUGUUACCCACCUGUGGGUGGGUCCUCCAUGGCCUCACUGCCAGUGCUGUCACCCCACACCAGGCUCCUCUCAGCUUUGCAUUGUUUGUGUGGUGCUGCUGUUUCUCAUGUCCCGUCCCAGCCUGCCCAGCUCACCCCAGCCUGCACACACCCCCCACAGCCCCUUUCCCAUCACUGCCUGUGGCUUCUUGUCCUUGUGCCCCUCGGUUGGACUCCAUGAGCUCAGAGGUCUUUUCCAACCUUCAUGAUUUUGUGAUUCUCUGAUCACCUGCAGGUCCCAGCCUCCUCCAAGGCUCACUCCAUUAAACUGUCCCUCCCUGAGGUCCUUCAACACCCACCGUGACCCACCUCUCUUUCUUUUGCUCCUCCAUCAUCUUUCAUGUCCUAUCCCUUUUGUCCCCGCCCUUUCAUCCCUGCUCUUUGAUCCCUUAUGUCCCAUCCCUCUUUAUUCCACUCUUUCAUCACCCACCUAACUCAGCCCAGCCCUCCUUCCUGUCAUCCUCCAUCACCCUCCACCCCAUUCCUCCUUCCUGUGCUCCAUCACCUACCACAUCCCAUCCCUUCUCCUGUGUGCCUCCUUUUAUGUCCUACCCGUCCUUCUGCUGCUCCUCCAUUGUCCACCCAUCCCUCCUUCCUGUGCUGUCACCCAGUGUGUCCCAUCCCACCCUGCCACCCUCAUCCAUCACCCACCAGGUCCCAUCUUUCCUUUCUGUGCUCCUCCAUCAGCCACCAUGUCCUGUCCCUCCUUCCUGUUCUCCUGCAUCCUCCAUCAUGUCCUAUCCCUUCUUGUGCUCCAGUCACCUGUGACCUCCUAUCCCUCCACAUCCCACCUCUCCUUCCACACGUUCCAGUGUGCUAUCAGCUGUGUCCCAUCCCUCCCUGCCAUGCUAUGCUCUUCCAUUACCCACCAUGUCCCCUCCCACUCUCCCUGCAUCCUACACUACAUCUUCUCCCUCCUUGUUCUUCUCCACCACCCACCAUCUCCGACCCCUGCUUCCUGUGCUCCUCCAUUGCCCUCCAUAUCCACCUUCCAGUCUUCCUGUCACAUUUGCAUCCCAUCCCUCUCUCCUGCCCUUCCUUCAUUCACCACACCCCAUUCCUUGUUAUCCUCAUUCACCUCCACCAUCUCCUCAUGUCUUCUCUUCCUUCUUCACCUCCACCCUGUGCUAUCCAUCCUCAUCCUGCUUUGCCUCCAGCUUUCCAUAUUCAUGUCAACAUCUCACCAUCUCUUCUUCAGCUCCCACCAUCAGUCCUCUACAUCUUACCAUCAUCUUGUCCCUGCUUAUCCUCCAUUAGCUCCCACCUCCACCCCAUGUUCAACUUCUUCCACUCUUCAUCUUCUCCACACCUUUCUUCAUUCUCUUCUAUCUCUUCCUAUCUCCUCAUUCAACUUCCUCCACUUCCCCAUCCCAAAAUCCACCCUCACCCCCCACCAUUUCCCCAUCCCCUCAACUGCGUCACCCAAAUUUGCCUUCUCCUCCUCCACCCUCACAUUUCCAAUCCCCCCAUGUGCUAUUUUCCACCAUCUCCUCAUCCAUCCUACUCCAUUGCCCUCCAGUCUUUAUCUUCUUCUAUCCCUUAGAUGUCUCUUCAUCACUCCUGUCAUUUUCAUCCAUAUCCCAGUCUCCUCAUCCUUUCUGUUCUCCAUCUCCUCUCCCUUCUUUUCCUCCACCACCUGCCAUAUGUCCAGCCUCUUCAUCCUCCCCAGCCUCUCUUUUCCUCUUCAUUGUCCUUUCUACCAUCUCCCAUACCUUCUCCCUCAUCCUCCAUCUCAUACUUCUUAUUCCUCCACCUCAAUCUCUCUGAGUCUCUCCUUCCUGUGACCCUCCACCUCCCAAUGUCCUUUUUCCUGCUGUUUCACCUCUUGGCCUGUCCCUUUCAUACUUUGGCUAUCUCACCAUUCCUUGUCAUUUGCCUCCACAGUCUCCAUUUCUCCUCAUGCUCCUCCACCUCCCCCUAUCUUCCCAUCCCUCCUUAUCCCCUAAGUGUCCUGCCUACCUCACAGAUUUCCCCUCCACCCCCUCCCUAUUCCUUCCUUAGCUCACAGUGUCCUCUCUCACUGUCCUUUCGUUCUCCUUCAUCUCCCACUCCAUCCUUACCUCCAAUUUUCUCCCAGCCUGGCUUCUCCCAUUUGUCCUCUCCUCCAUCCUCCCUGCACUCUUUUACUCCCAGCACAUCUGACUGCAGCUGCAAUUUUCUGCUUCCCUUCCUCCUUCCCCUGCCUUGUAUCCCAUUCCUUCCUGACCCGGGAAGGCCACCACCAGCUCAGCCACCCCUGAUGCAAGCAGGAAGGGCCCUUCCUGACAUCAGGAAACACUUCUCCCUAGGGCUAGUGAAGCUGGAACUGGUCACUGGAGAAAGGGGAGGGUCUCUGCCGUUGGAAGGUUUCAGUUACUCAGCUAGAUAAAGUCACCACUGCCCUGAUUUAGCAUUAGCAAUAACUAUUUUGGAACAUGGAGCUCGACCAGAUUCCCCUGGGAUCCCUUCGUGCACGCACGUCUUUGGGAGACUUCCCCAAGCAGUGAAGUAUUUCCAACAGGGACAAGACAUGGCUUUGAAUGCAUCGCUUGGGAUGCUGCAGGACAUGAGGAACUAUCCCUGCUACUUGCAGUGGCUCCAUGGUGCUCAAGCAGAACCACCACACACUGCUCAAGCAGGACCAUCCCAUGGUGCUCUAGCAGGACCAUUCCAAUACUAAAAGAGGACCAUCCCAUGCUGCCUGAGCUGCACCAUCCCACACUGCUCAAGUUAGCCACCUUGUGCAUCUUGAGCAGGAUCACCAGCCUGCUUGAGCAGGACCACCCCACCUUGCUUGAGCAGGAAUACCCCAGCAGGACCAUUCCAUGCUGUUCUAGCAGGACCACCCUAAUGCUGCUCCAGCAGAACCAUCAUUCUCAUUGAGCAGGACCAUCCCACACUGCUUGAGCAGCAGCACCCUGUGCUGCUUGAGCAGGACCUAUCCAGGCUGCUUGAGCAGGCUCAUCCAGCGUGGUGGAGCAGAACCUUCCCAUGUUGCCCAAACAGGACCACCCCCUGUCAUUUGAGCAGAACCAUUCCAGGCUGUUCAAGUAGAACUAUCCCAAGGCUGCUUGAGCACCAUGGGCCAGGCCAAAGUGGCUUCCUAAAAGACUGCCAGCUCCCAGGCCAGUGAGCUAUCCCUGACAUGUUCCCUCAGACCCUAGAGCCAGGGAUCCUUGCAUCAUCUUUGGUUUCCUUCCCUCGGGCUGGUCCAUGCAGGGCCAUGGCCAUCCCCUUCCAAUGGCCUUAUGGCUGCUCUAGGGCACAGGGCUGCUGGCACUGCUGCCAAGGGAAGGACAGGUCUCCUCUCCAUCCCAAGGAGCCCCAUACCCUGAGGGACCUGCACGCAGGGCCUCUUCAGAGCAUCCCAUGUCACUCACGCACAAGGGCCAACCAACAACAGAGCCUCGCUUCUCUGCAGACUUUGCCUUCCAAUGUUGGAGGCUCUCAGCCAUUCCAUGGAGGGCACCCUGCCCUUUCCAAGGGGAUGUGUCUGAGGGACUGUCCCACUGCAAUACAGGCAGGGGCAGGGCAGCCAGUGUCUUGAUGGGGUGGGGGUGACAUUCCUGCCCAAAUGCCUUCUUCGCUGGGAAAUCUGGGGGAGGGAAUUUGCUACCUGUGUUAGGAACUAGCUGAACUUACGUGUCUGCCCAAGCUGGAUUUCUUACUCCAAAUGUUCAAACCGUUGUAUAUUGUACUGGGAUUUUUACAUUGAAUUAUUGUAGAAAACAAAAAAUUUAAACCGAGUCUGUUAAAAAAUAAACAUUAAAAAUCUCUAUGAAAAAAAUAAA